AUGCCAGAAGUCAAAGUCAUCCUGCUGGGCACAAGCCAUCCACACAUCUUCCACCGCUAUAAAUAUCUCCAGCAAGCCACUAAUAUCACCCUCCUUGGCUACUACGACAUCGACGUGGAGGUCGCAGAACGCAUGCAAGAACACGCAGGAUGCUCACGGUACAGCAACCUAGACAUGCUUCUGGCGCUUCCGUACGAUGUAGCCUUGAUUCACGGCCGCGAUUGCGACAAUACAAACUACAUCCGGCUGGCUCUGGACAGCGGAGCAAGGGGAAUAUUCCUCGAAAAGCCUGGCGUCGCCCAGCCGUCGGAAUUCUACCCGCUCGCGGCAGAGAUUCGCCAACGUGGAAGCACAGUCAUCUUCGAAGUUGGCUGGGAGCUACAUUACCUUGAAACUGUGACAUUUGCACGACGCAUUAUCCAGGAAUCGCUGCUAGGGACGAUCACCAUGGCUCGGUUCCACGGUGGAUGUCCGGGGGGCGCGGGAGCUGAACCGUGGCAAUCGGAUCCACGGAAUCUCGGUGGCUUCUUCUAUAGUCUUGGGGGACACGUCGUGGAAAUUGUGGUUGAUCUUUUCGGUUUGCCAACGCAAGUCGUGAGUUCAAUUAGAAAGCUGCCUGCACAGCCACCGCACCGGGGCUUCUCGUGGGUGCCGGGCCUAUUCGACCAGCGGGAAUUGAAUCCGUGCCAUGCCAUUGGGACGCUGGUGCAUGAGGACAUUGCAUCGGCGAUUCUGGAAUAUGAGAAUUUCAAUGUACAUUUAGAUUUCACAGCAUGGGAGGGGAGUCGGUAUUUGAAAGAUUGGACUGUGGAGAUCUACGGCGUAAAAGGGUCUUUACGAUUGAAUGUUGACGGUCCAACGAGUUGUCUGCUACUGAAGGAGAAGCAGGAAGGCUGGGAAUCAGGUAGAAAUGAUCUUUUCUCCGAAGGAGAAGUGAGUUUGGCGGCUGCAUUUGAGAAGCAGAUGAAUUGCUUCUUUCGAAGAGUUGAGGGUGUCCAAAUGGACGGGGAAGGUUGCGAUGAGGCCAUGGCGCUGAAGUUGCUACAGCUCUACAAUGCUUUGUAUGAGUCUGCUCGGAGUCGACAGUGGGUAUCAAUGGAGGGAUGA